CAUUGACUCUUGCAUAGAAAGAGGGCAUGUGGCUCAGUGGCAGCGUGGACGAAGGGGGAGUAGGAACUCCUUGCUCAAAUCCAUGGCGACCGGGCUAGUGUCGUCUCUCCUGUCGUCGCUGACCAAGCUGCUCGACCUCCUCCCGAGCCCGCCGGCGGUUUCUUGGCCUCCUCGCAGCUCCGGCGGGCGGUCCACCGUUUCCAAUGAUCUGCAGCGGCUGGAGCGGCUGCUGCGGCGGGUCCAAGCCACGCUCGACGACGCCGGGGAGCGAGAGCUCCGGGACAGCUCCGUCAAGUUGUGGAUCGAGGAGCUCACGGACUUGGCCCGCGACGCGGAGGACGUCCUCGACGACCACCGCUACGAGCUGCUGCGGCGUCGGGUCCAAGAACGCCAAGGCGCCGCCUUCGCCGCCUCCGCCUCUACCUCACGCAAGCGAAAGCACGAAGACGACGAGGAGGAGGAGGAUGGCGGCAUCAGUGAGAGAAUUGGGGAGAUCACGCGCCGGUUCGAGGAGAUCUCCAGAGAUCGAUCCGCCUUGCAGCUUGGACCCGGGGACGGGGAAAGAAUCGCAGGGAGGGACUUCCAAUGGGAAUCAAGAACGACUAGCCACCUUCUUGAUGAAUCCCUUGUUUUUGGUAGGUCCAACGAGAAAGAGAGCAUCAUAGAGUUAGUGUUGUCUUGCAGUCAUGGCACUGGAACUCAAGUUUUGCCAGUUGUUGGAAUGGGUGGCAUUGGCAAGACCACGGUAGCACAGAUGGUUUAUAACGAUAGCCGGGUCAAAGAACGUUUUGAUCUCAGGGGUUGGGUUCAUGUCUCCCAAACAUUUGAUUUACGCAGGCUAACGACUGCGAUCGCCGAGUCCUUGACCUGGAAACAAUGUGGAUACAAUGAAUUAAGCUCUGUUCAUCAUGUUCUGGAGGAAGAGACAGAUAAAAAGAGUGUGUUCCUGGUGCUGGAUGAUGUAUGGAAUGAACGGGAAAGUUGCUGGCAAGACUUGCUGUGUCCACUCAAGCUUGCUAAAACUGUGACAAUCCUAGUGACUACUAGGAGUAAAGAGGUAGCACGCCUUGUGCAGACAGUUGAUCCCUUUGCCCUUGGCUCACUGCCUAAAGAUUAUUGCUGGUUGUUGUUCUGACGCUAUGCUUUUGGAGACAGAAUCAUCAGAAUCAUCGAUGAAGAAUCCAGUUUGGUUCAAGUUGGUAUGAAAAUUAUGCAAAAAUGUGGUGGCUUACCAUUGGCAGUGAAGUCGAUAGGUUGCCUGUUACGGUCCAAAAUGGAUAUGCAGACUUGGAUGGAAAUAUCGGAAAGUGAGUUCUGGGAGUAUUCAGAUGAUAAUGAAGAGGUCUUCUCUGCUCUCAGAUUGAGCUUUUAUCGACUGCCAGCAAAACUCAAACCUUGUUUCUUGAUGUGCACUUCGUAUCCCAAAGGUCAGCCGUUUACCAAGGAUGACAUGAUUCACUUGUGGAUUGCUCAAGGUUACAUCCACCCUAAAACAUGUGAAACACCAGAGAAAGUCGCUGGUGAGUACUUUGAUGAAUUGAAUGAAAGAUCGCUGAUUGAAAUAGAUUUGGACCUCUCUAAUGAUUGCCAGUACUUGGAAAGGAGACCGUUAGGUGAAAUUUCUUCUGAGCAGCUCUUCAACACUGACCAGAACUUUUACGAGUCGCAUGUAAGAUCAUUGGUUGAAACUUUUCAUGAAAGAAAAACUGAGGGUUCUUCAGAUCAAUCGCUUUGGUCAUUUCAAGGAUUUAAGUUGCAUGAUAUGGUUUGGGAUGUUGCAAAAUCUCUGUCGAGUCAUGUGCUUUCUGUAACAGCUGAUGAUGAAGGUAGUCUUAACGUGUCAAAUAAAGUUCAACACCUAUUUCUUCGGUUAGGUAGGAGCAGAUACAGACAUGAUAUUCUAAAAUCUUUACCUCGGAAGGUAACCGGUCCGUUGAGGUACCAUGAAAUGACACAAGAUUCAUUGAUUCAUAAUGAUCUAAUGAUUGAGUUGCUUCGUUGUAUGGAGAAUCUAAGGAUAAAAUCGAGUCAAGAAUAUUGCCUAGCUAAAGAACAUAGUCACUUUCUUACUGUGCAAAAUCGAGUUUCCCAGUUGCGCAAAAUGAAUUAUUUACGAACCUUGGUGUUAGAAUAUUGGGAUUAUGCGUUCCCUAUUGAUAUACACAGGUUUGCGUACCUGAGGGCUCUUGUACUAGAUUCAUGUAAUGAUAGAGGCUGCAUAUCUGCUAUCCAGAAUCUGAAGCACUUGCGCUACCUCCAUGUAACAAAUUGUUACCCAAUGAUCUGCGAGAAUCUGGAGCACUUGACAGAGUCAGGAUGUCAUCUUUACAGCCUAGAAAAAUUGAUCAUAUCCACUUGUUGCCUAGAAUUCUCGAUGAAAUCUUGCAAUCUUUUGAGUCUUAGAUAUCUCCAUCUCUCCGGCCAAUUCAAUGAUCGGUCACUGCAUUCAUUUUGUCAUCUUUAUAACUUGGACACACUGUGCUUGCAGAACUGCGGUAACAUUACAGGGCUUCCCUUAUUCAUAGGAAACUUAAUGAACUUGAGACGUCUUCAGCUUGCUCAAAUUUCAAAAAUCAGGAAGUUCGAUCAUGAUUCUUUCCGAUGUCAGAAUAAUAACAAUAAAUGCCAGCUAACAAAGGUAAUAUUUCCUGCCCUGGAGGAGUUAGAAUUUGAUGGUUUGUACGAUCUACAGGAUUGGUGUGGCGUGCAGGAUUCAGAUUGCCCAAAGAUGCAGAGCAUCACUAUAAGAAACUGCUGCAAACUUAGAAGAAUACCAUAUUUUGGUUAUGUCAGAAAGCUAACAAUAAGCAAGUUAACACUCACAGAUCUCCAGCUUUGGGUCUCUAAUAAUGAACCGUCUCGGCUGCAGACUCUUGAUAUCAGAGAUUGUAAGAAUCUGACUUCCUUGAUUGGGCUGAAAUAUCUUUGUUCUCUUGGGACCUUAAAUAUUGCCCGCUGUCCUGAACUCACUGUCUUUGGUAAAGAGAAGCUGCCAUAUAAGCCUCAGCAUGUCUUCAUUGAUGAUUGCCUUCUACUGAAGGGGUGGUGUGAUGAACAAGAGCUUUACUAUCAGGCCCCUGAAAUGGUGAAGAUUUCUGAUGUAAAGAGGGCAAAUGAGCUUGGCAUUGCUUAUUUCCAAUCCUUUAAACACCUCUCUCUUGAUGUUUGCCCUGAGAAGGGGCCAGAAUUGAUUUUGACACCAAAUAAUUGGUUAGCAUCUGAUCUGCGGCUCUUAAGGUUUGAAAGUUCCUGUGGUGUUUCAUCCUUCCAUAGAGGUCUUUCUACACUUCGCAGACUGGAGAUCAGGGGAUGCCCAAAGCUUGUAGCACUGAUGGGUUUGGAAGAACUGAACGUCCUCCACAGCUUGGUUAUAGAGGACUGCCCCUUACUUUAUAUGUUACCUGAAAUGAAGCUUCCGCCACGAUUGUCGUCUUUAAUGGUUCAAGGGUGCCAUAAGCUUCUAUCUUUGCACUUAAACAUAUCUGAGCCUUCAGUGCUCACUGAACUUGAGGUAUCUGAUUGCCAAGGACUCGUGCACAUUGAAGGUUUGAGAUAUUUGAGCAAUCUUGAAAGUUUAGUGCUACUUCAUUGCCCUCUACUCGAGCUCCAGGAAUUGCUCCCAGGCGUUCCUGAAUCUGUCGCUGUUUUCCUCUGUCCGAAAUUGAAGAAGUGGUGUGAGAUCCAAAGCAUUGAAUACCAGGAAAGCGUGCCCGACUCGUCGUAUGAAACGGAUGCUUGAUUACGUGGGAGACCAUGAAGCUGGUGAAAGAAGCUCGAGAGGUGCUUGUUGGUAAUGGAUGCUGGAUCCCGUGAGGAUAUAUUUUGAAAAAUGCGCAUUAGCUGCUCCUGGGUGUGUUCUCGUGUGGAUGAUAAAACGACUAGCUGCUACUUAUUUCAGAGUGAAGAACUGGAUCUUGAUAGAGACAAAUGCGUGAUUGCUGGCUGUCCUUAUGUAGGAGUAAGAUUUUGGACCUUCGUAUGGCUAGCUUAAUAGUAGUUUAAAGCUUGGAAAAAAUUACUUGGUUUCCAAAUUGCUUAUAUUUGUGAGUACUGUAAA